GAACUUUGCAUGAUUGGCAGUAGAGCGGAAGCCCUUUUAGGCUGCAAUCCGUGUCUACUCAAAAGAAAGCUCUAUUGGGUUCAAUGGGACCUACUCCCAGGUGAGGAAAAGACUGAAAAGUCCGUUAUGUUAUUUUGUUUUCCCCUCUCUUCAGGCGGUGGUUGGUUCAGUCCGACCGCGUCCAUCUUUGUUCAGUUUUUUUCCUCGGUCUCGCUCUCCCCCUCCCCCCUGGCUUCCUUCAGAGAUGGUUUGGCCCACUUGGCCUGGCGGAGGGCGGGAGGCGACGUAGCUACCGCCUCCGCUCGCGACGGGAAGUCAGAAGGGGAAGAGCUCUGUGUAAGCUGAGUUUGGUUUUCCAUCACAGUGACGCUGGCAGUCUCUGACAUGAAGGCAUUGGCCUGGUUUUGAAAAACGUUGGUGCAGUUUUGCCUUGCCUUUGUUUGUUGACUUUCAUACGUAGAAGAGAACUGACCUUGGAGCAGUAAUUAUGUCAGCUUAUUCAAAAAGCUACAAUCCUUUUGAUGAAGAUGACGAUGAAGACUUAAAGCCAGUAAAGUGGAAUGAAAGCAAUGAGCCUCCUAGAGAUGGGGCAGAUAGACAGAGGUACCUGCAGCAAGAGGUUCUGCGGCGAUCCCAGGCCACCAUGGAUAGCACUAACCGUUCCCUCUCCCUCAUUUAUGACUCUGAACAUGUUGGCAUAGCCUCGGCGGAGGAGCUUACCCGGCAAGGCGAGGCACUGAAGCGCACCGAACGAAUGGUGGAUAAGAUGGACCAAGAUCUAAAAACGAGUCAGAGACACAUUAACAGUAUCAAGAGUGUGUUUGGUGGCUUUGUAAAUUACUUCAAAGCCAAGCCGCAAGAAAUCAAGCUUGAACAGAACGGGGCCACUGAAUACCAAGCCAGCAACAAAUUGAAAGAGGCCAUAUCCAUCAGUAAAGAACAGGAGUCAAAGUACCAGGAGAGUCAUCCAAAUUUACGGAAGUUGGAUAAUCCAGAGUAUAGUUCCAGUGGAACCAGUUCAGAUUCUUCAUUCCAACCUGAGAGUUACCCAAGGAAUCAACAUCUCCGAACAUAUCAUCAGAAAGUCGAUAGCAACUUAGAUGAGAUGUCCUCUGGGCUGAGCCGCCUGAAGAGCCUGGCUCUUGGCUUGCAAUCUGAAAUUGACGAUCAAGACGACAUCUUGAAUCGCCUCACCACCAAGGUGGAUACUCUGGACCUCAAUAUUAAAAGCACAGACAAAAAAAUCAAGGAGCUUUAAGGAUUUCUAAAUAUUUCUUCUCCAGGGCAAGAACUCAAUUCAUUUUAUACAGCCGGAUAAUUGUUUUGCUGUCUGGGAAACAACCAGCAUGAGAAAAUGGGUUUAUGUGGCUAAUCUGCUUUGUGAUUAAAAUUGAAUAAGUGCAA